UACAGAUUACCUCAAAUGGCGGUCCUUGUAGAGACCACCCUAGGGGACAUUGUGAUUGAUCUAUAUGUAAAGGAACGUCCGAAAUGCUCACUCAACUUUCUAAAACUGUGUAAAAUGAAAUACUACAAUCUCUGCCAGUUUCACACAAUUGAGCAGAACUAUGUCGCGCAGACUGGUGAUCCAACCGGAACAGGGCGGGGAGGAGAGUCCAUAUUUCAAACUCUAUAUGGAGAGCAAGCCCGAUAUUUUGAGAAGGAAGAUCUUCCAAAGAUGAAACACACCCGAUUAGGUGUUGUUUCAUUUGUCAACAAUGGUAACAAUAUGUUGGGCAGCCAGUUUUUCAUCACUUUGGGAGAGGCCUUGGACUACCUCGAUGAUAAGCACACCAUUUUUGGGCAAGUAACAGAAGGUAUAGAAACAUUGGAAAAACUGAACGAACAGCUAUGUGAUGAAGACCACAGGCCAUACAAAGAUGUCCGAAUAGCGCACACCAUUGUACUCGAUGAUCCCUUUGAAGAUCCCAAGAGGAUAAGGUAUCCAUCGAGAUCACCUUCACCAACAUUUGAAAUGCUCGUCAAGACAAAUCAAAUUGCAUUGGACGAAGAUGUUGAUGACACGCAAGGAAAGACUGCUGAAGAAUUAGCGGAAGAGAUAAAGAAAAGAGAGAUGGCAGAGCAAGCCCAGAUUUUGGAGAUGGUUGGCGAUCUGCGAAGCGCCGAUGAAGCACCACCUGAGAAUGUUCUUUUCGUAUGCAAAUUGAAUCCAGUAACAACUGAUGAAGACUUAGAAAUCAUUUUUAGUCGUUUUGGGAAGAUCAUCAAGUGCGAAGUCAUAAGAGAUCGACGUACACAUCAGUCUCUGCAGUAUGCUUUUAUCGAGUUUGAUGAUCCCAAAAGUUGCGAGCAAGCCUUCUUCAAAAUGGAUAAUGUAUUGAUCGAUGAUAGACGUAUUCAUGUUGAUUUCUCGCAGUCAGUCGCGAAACUUCAUCGAAAGUACAGAGGUAAGUCUUUCGAAAAGUUGUUCUUUCGCCCUAUCGAUCUCCAAAAAGAGAGCAUUUUUCGCCCAAAAGGAAUGGUGAUGAUGAACGCCGUAAAAGAAGAUCCCCUGAACGCAGAAAAGAACGAAGUCCAGAAAGGAGAAGACGAGAAAGAUCGAGAUCAAAUGAGGAUGAUUUACCGCAGAAGUUCCGAAGGAGAAGCCCCGAAAAGUCCAGCCGAAGGAGAUCGAGGAGCAAAGAAGCGCCGAGGAAAGAUCGGUCAAGGAGUAGGGAACGGAUAAAAGAGAAGCCAAGAAGAGACCGAUCAGAUAGCCGAGACAAACGACGACGAAGCAGAGAGCGAAGGUCGAGCAGUACGGAGAGGAAGAAAGAGCGUUCGCGAGCACAUGACAGAUCACGAUCGCCAAGCAGAAAAAAGUAUCGUAAGUAGCGAAUUUUUGUAUUACGUUUUAUACCUCAUGUCGCGGUGUCGAGCCUCAGUACUGGUCUCUGUUGAUUUAUUUGUGAAUACAUGAUUCUUCUU